UUAAAUUUACGCGCCAAUCUAUCGAUGUCUAUCGUGAUCGAGAUGCUGAAAAUCAGAAUCGAAUUCAUAGACAAAAUUAACACAGAAGGAAACAGAAAAAAGAAGUGCGCUAUGGAUCUUAGAAAUAUGAUUUUGCAAACUUCUACGGGAAAAGAGCUGUCGGAAUAUCAGCUAAAUUUGCUGGUUAAAAACAAUAUUGAAACACUGAUUGAUUAUGAGGCAAACGAGAGAAAACUCCACGAAUUGCUGGCCAUUCGAGUGGAAUCUGUGCUAGAACUGAAGAAGGAACUGGUGCGUCUUUGGCUAAGGGACUCCCAAGUGGAAAGCCCUCCUGAAGUGGACUACGGCACGGGCAUGGAAGAAUUGGACAAGUUGCUGGAGUCAGUGGACCAGCCAUUCAAGAGCGGCCGUGUCUGGGAGCUGUGUGGGCAUCCAGGAGUGGGAAAGACCCAAUUCAUGUACACCCUGGCGCUGAAUUUUGUGUGGAAACAUUCCCAGAAAGUACUCUUCAUUGAUACCAAGUGCGACUUCUCCUGCAAAAGGAUACAAGACUUGCUCCUGGCAAGAAAUUGGGAUACAGUAACUUGUGAGAGAGCCAUGCGGGGCAUUUACGUGGUCCAAGCUACCUCAGAUACGGUUUUAAUUGACGUUCUAAAAACCCUCGAUGAGCAACUGACCAACAAGGAAAAAGAGGCCUUGGAGACCAAGGUGGUUGUUAUUGAUUCCCUGGUGCCUUGCUACGUACACUAUCGCGGCGAUGAGAUGCUCAAGUUCAGGCAAUCUUUGCUGACGAAGCUGGCAUGCAAAAUCCGUAAGCUAGCUGUCCGUGGCGUGUCCUUUAUCAUCGGAAACGUGUCCUUCGCCGGCAAGGAUGAAGAUAAUUGUAUUGAUGACGGCGAGGAUGAUGGAAACAGUGAUGAAGGCUGGGGGCAAAGGGACGGGCCCAUGCUGGGUUCCUACUGGGCGUCAGUGUGUACGCUAAGAAUGUCCCUGGAGCUGCCCGUCAGUUCAGAAGGAGCGGAGAGCUAUGACCGUCUUGGAGAAGCCGCAUCCAGCAAUGACGACGGCCUGCGCCUGGUGAACAUCCUUUCAAACACCUAUGGCCCCACUGGCGACACUUGCCUGCUUCGCAUCACAGAGGCUGGAGUGGUUUAACGACGGGCAAAUGGAU